AUGUCGGUGCUGAUCAACUCGGCUCAUCAAGGUUUGCGAUCGACAGCAGAGGAUCUUGUCGCUGGCGACAAGAAUAAUUUGACUAUUGCGACCGAUGCACCAGUGCAGCGUGUCAUUUUGGAAGGGAAAAAGGCAGUCGGCGUCGAGGCGAACGGCAAGAAAUAUUAUGCUUCAAAAGAGGUCAUCCUUUCCGCGGGCUCGCUCAACGACCCUCGCAUCCUGAUGCAUUCGGGAAUCGGCCCGGCUGCUCAAUUACAACAACAUAAUAUCGACAUUGUCCAAGACACACCCGCGGUGGGUCAAGGACUUCGCGAUCACUGCUUCGUGCCAAUGGUCAACACUCGCACUGAUACCAGUACGGAUCGGAAGGCUUUCUAUGGCUCCCAAUCUGCCAUGGAUGCUGCCAAAAAAGAAUGGGAAGAAAGCGGAACUGGACCGUGGGCAAAGUUCGCCUGUGAAUUAGGUAUUGGCUGGUUCAAGCUUACCGAGCAGCUCACUUCUACACCUGAGUUCCGAGCACUCCCAGCGGAUGAGCAAAAAUACCUCCUUCAAGAGACCGUGCCGCACUACGAAAUUAUUACCCAUUUCCCUAUUCAUUGGUUCAUUCCAGACUUCCCGACCGAGGCCUUGAAUUAUUCUUGCCUGCUUGUCUUCUUGUUCAAUGCGCAGACUCGUGGAGAAGUCACUCUACAGUCGCCGGACCCCGAUACUCCGCUCCUUUUCAACCCGAAAUUCCUCGCCCACCCGUUCGAUCGUCGACUUGCGAUCGAAGCUUUGCGAGACUCUUUCCGCGUUGCCAAGCACAAAUCUUACACGAAGGACAAUGUCGCUGAGCUCGCCAUGCCCAAGGGAGAGUCGGAUGAAGAUUUACUCGAAUACUGGCGACAGAAUAUUUCUUCAAGCUGGCAUAUGACAGGAACCGUCAAAAUGGGCAAGAAUGGCGAUGCCGACGCCGUUGUUGAUCCGGAUUUUAAGGUCAUUGGCAUUGAAAACCUGCGGAUAGCUGAUAUGGGUGUUGUCCCAGUAUUGGUCAACGCCCAUGUCCAAGCAGUCGCAUAUGUCACUGGGGCAACAUGUGCUGAGAAGCUGAUCAAGGAGUAUGGUCUGGCUUAG